AUGAAGCGCAAUAGCUUCUCCUCACUCUCCCCGGAUCGAUUGUCUCCCGAUCAAAUGAGCGUCAUUUCGUCGGAAAAGGAAGACCUUUCUCAAUCAUCCAACCAGACUGGAAACAACAUUCUAUUCUUUGGCUACGGCCCCAUUGUCAAUGAAAUUGUUCGCAAACGGAGAAACAUUCGAACCACGGAUCUACAAGCUGCCUUUUUGGAUGGAUACCGACUGUCCUUUGAAUUUGGAGGAGUCGCCAAUGUGGUCCGUCAACGAGGUUACCGAGUGCACGGCGUCUUAAUGACUCUGACUUCCCUGAGAGAUUUCAAGAAGUUGCAGAGUUAUGACAUUCGGCGGCAAGUGACAGAACGAUUGGUCUUUCACUACCCCAAAGGCGGAUUCAACUAUGACGAAGAUGAGGAUACAGAAGAAGAAAAGGAAGAAUUGGCAAGUGCCAUGGCUUAUUUUAUUGAAUUUCCUGAUGAUGUGCAAGAAACUCUGCUGAGCAACAAUCCAGUAGGAGAGAGUUUGCCGCAAGAAGGAUAUCUCAAAUUGAUUGCCGAAGGAAUGCAACAAAAUAGAAUCAUGCGCGAGUACAUUGAAGACUCCAUUCUCAAUAUUCCAUACAUUCCGGACCGAUGCGUUGAUGAAUAUCUCAAAUUUCCAAACGCUCCAAAGGUGGCCCGUAUCUCCUUUUCUACCUACCAAAACUUGUGCGAGACGUCUACAACAAAUGGAGAAUUAUAUUUUGUCUUGGGCGAUUCUGUCUUUUCCUUGGGCCAACAUGAUCCCAACAAUCCAUUGGUGAAAUGGUUGGAAGAACAUGGUCAUGGCAAGGGCGAUAUCACCUUUUGGGUUCAAAUUGUCUUGAUGAAUAAUUCCAGCAUGCCCUUUUGCAGACGAAGGUCUGAAGUGACUCCAGCACAUGUUGCCUGGGCCGAAAAUCAACUACGAGAAACGAUCCAACAACAUGGCUUGGAGGCAAUGAAGAUUUUUGAAUUUGUCAAGGAAAACGAGUCGGAAGAUGGACCGUCCAAAUUCUUUACCAUGGAGGACGCGGCCGUGCCAGAAGAGCCGUCCGUGGCCUCUCAUGAAUCGGGAGGAAGUCUGGAGGAUUUGAGACGGCCAGCAGCUGCUACAAACAAUAGACGUCGAUUCAAAGUGUCAGUGUUCUUUAAGCGAAUUGUGCACAGGAAUCGAUGA